AUGGUUAUCACUCGUAGUCAAAGUUCGACGCCAAAAAGAACACCAUCACUUUCAUCUCAUAAUCCUAUUCAUCGAUCUCGUUCAAAAUUACCUAAGAAAGUCUUACGUAAUAAUAAUGUCAGUAAAACUAUAUCAUUUACUGAUUGCAAAACAAUUACACGUACACGUUCAUCGUCAUCUAAUUCUUCAUCUGCAUCUUCUAUCAGGUCUUCUCGUUCUUCAUCAUCUUCAUCUUAUACUGAUUCCUCGUGUUCUUCAUCUGAUUCAAGUACCAUAUCAUCGUCAUCAUCAGGUUCUGAUUCACCUCAAUCCACAACAAUAUCAUCCAUAAUUGAAAAUAUAGCUAAUCUAGAAAUCAAUAAUAGUAAUAAUUUUUUCUCAUCGAUUAGCACCUCCUUCUCUCAACAAUCAAUGCACCUUCCUCAAGCUGGACCUAUUUCAGUUUAUAAAAGUAGCAAAGGUGGUGAUUUUCUCUGUCUUCACGGAUACAUAUAUCAAAUUGAUCGACGAAUGAUAAACAAAAUUAAAUGGAAAUGUCAGCAGAGUAGGAAAAAAAUAAGAUGUGGAACAAAAAUUUAUACAACAGAAAAUGUAGGAACUGAUGAAAUACCAGCUUAUAAAUAUAUUGAAUCAAAUAAUGUUCCACAUUCACAUGAUGAAGAUCAUGAUCAACAAAAAAUUGCAAUAUUUAAAUCACAAUUAAAAUUUAUUGGAACAAAUAAUCGAACUGUACCUUCAUCUAAGUUAAUUAAUCAAUUAGCAACUGAUAUGAAAUUAACUGAUACACAAUUGGGUAAGAUUCCAUAUCCAGAUACAUUAUAUAAAAGUGUCUAUCGUGCCAGAAGUAAAAGAAUUCCACCACUUCCAAAAUCUAUUAACUUUGAAAUUUCAGCUGCAUAUGCAACUACUUCGUCGAAUGAAAAAUUCAUAUUUUUUGAUCGUUUAUAUGCAAAAGAAACUAAGAGAAUCAUAGCAUUUGCGAGCCCAAUGCAGCUAAAAAUUUUGUUUAGUUCAAAAUUAAUUUGUAUUGAUGGAACAUUUUCGAUAUGUCCCCGUAAACAUAAACAGUUAUUAAUUAUUCAAACUAUUGAUGAAGAAAUGUAUGAUGCAACACCUGUACUCUAUGCUCUUUUAAAUGGUAAAAAAGCUUAUACUUACACAUUAUUAUUUCGAGCAUUAAAAAAUGCAGCAAAACAAAUGAAUAUGAAACUUGAACCUAAUAGAAUCAUAAGUGAUUAUGAAAGUGGAUUUGUUUCAACUGUAAAAAAAGAGCUUCCAAAUACAAUUCAUCAAGGUUGCUUAUUUCAUCUAUAUCAAAGAUUAACAAAAAAAAUAAAGAAGUUUGAUUUAUGGUAUCAUUAUAAGAAUAAUGAUGUAUUACAUUUAUUCAUUAAAAAAAUUAUGGCUAUUGUAUUACUUAAACCACGAUUAAUUGAUAGUGCAUAUGAUUUAUUAGCCAAUCAAUACUUAAAAUUGAAGCAAUUAAAACAAUUUCGUGUUCAAUUAACAAAAUUUAUGCUUUACUUUCAACAACAAUGGAUAAAAUUAGAAAAUCGAGCAAUGAUUAGUUUUUAUGAUGUUGCUUUCAAAACGAAUAAUUGGUCUGAAAAGGAAACUGCUGUACGAAUGAAAUAUUUUCAACUGUUAAAUGGCAAAAAAAAGUCUAUUCGAAAAACUAUUCGUAAUCGUGUUCUUGAAAUAAAUCAAAAAAUUUUUGAAUUUAAUCAACAAUUUGAAGAUAAUGAAAUUGAACUUGAUGAUUGUCUUAAAUUAAUUUCCUCAUUAGUCGGUGUUAAAUACGACCAAUGGCGUAAACAAUUAAAGAAAAAUAAAAGAAGAAGAAAAUAUGAUAGCGGUGAUGAUCAUGAUAAUUGA